AUGGCAGUAUCUGAGACUAGGGUGCGAAAACUUGACCUCGCUGCGAGGGCAAUCGACCUGACACUCGCACUAACCAGGGCAACCCAUACCUCAGAUUCCUGGCUUAAAGGCGCUUGGGAGGUAGGCCAAUGGCUCGGCCGAGAGAAACUGAAUCAGUACGAACUCGAGGAGUGUAUGCAGAAAGCCAAAGGACUGGUAGUGCCCAACCACAAUGGCCAAGCGUUGUUUGAAGACAUUGUUCAAGGUGUCGAUAACAAACCCAGGGGGCCGCUCUUCCUUGAACAGUCAGGUUCUUUAGGUCGACUAAUGGCUGAAGAUCCGUACUUGAGCUGGAUGAUCUCGACGGUAGCGUCCCUUUUCCAAUUCCACAAGGACGUAGCAUUCAUUUCCCACGCACUUGUUUCCUUUAUCCUAAGGGCUCAUGAUGCUCGUCAGCCGAGCCACCACAGCGAAGUGGCAGAUUUUCCCACAUACAGUCAUGCUCAGGUUCGGAUCAAAGCCGUCAUUGAUAAGAUCGUCUUGAGCAUUUGGCACAAUGUCGUCAAUGCGGGUUGUGAUACAAUCCCGCUGCCCACCGAGCUGUUGUCGGUCUGCCGCACAGGACACUACCUGGACCCCGACGACUUCAGCAUUGUUGCUUUUACCCUGAAUUCCCGAUGCAAAUCAAAGGCGAUCUUACGAAGCGAUUACCUGCUUCGAAACAUUACACACUGGCUUCUACUACACUAUGACGGAAUAAUUGUCGUCAAUGUAGGUGGCAGAGUUAUCUACGAGAAGAACUUCGGAAAUCCAAUGAGAGAGCUGGAAAUCCAUGUGAAGUCUUUCUGCCUAGACAGAGAUACAUGCAAUAACAUAGGAGGGGAGAGUUAUCAUAUCUUACAAGACGUUGCUGGCAAAUUUGAGCACUUCUUAUCUGGCUACUCACCGAAGACCUCAGAUCUACCUCCAGAGCCAGGAAUUCGGCAACCACUUUAUCAGAUUCCACGUUCGUAUCCAAAAGAAAGCGCUAUGUGGAACAUUGGCAUUCAAAUUCUUGUGAGAUGCACCGCACAGUCAAUCAUGCGAUGGCUACUCAGUGUCGAAUUGACUAUGCAGAAAGACUUUUCAGAGCUCGGGUUUUCAGCUGUUCUAGAUUCAAAGAAAAUCGAUAACCCGAAUCUCAAAAUAAGUGACGUCCUCAAGAGAGUCCCUUCCAUAAUCAAUUUAAACUGGGGAAAUUCGCCUCCUUCACAACUCGUAUUCACGAAUAUUCGGAAUCCCUAUGAUACUCUAAGAGAAGGGCAUAUCAAGGGUGCGUCUAUGGAAGAUCAUCCAAAGGACGAUUUGGAAAAGAUCCUCCCACAUUUUCCAAUCCUGCAAGAUCUGUUGCGGAGGGUUAGUCCAGACUGUAAUUGCCAGUCUUGUUCGAUCGAUCAUGAUAACCUCGAAAACAGCCUGCAGCAUGGGUGCCUCAAGCGAGUAGCCCUUGAAGAAGCUUUGCUUCUUGUAGCACAUGGUAUUGCAGAUGGUUUCAACGUCAAGGACGUUUCAGCUGCUGAAGGUCCCGAUUUUGUUCUAAAAGGGGUCGCUGUUUUACUUUUCGAGCUUUGCUCUGAAAAGAGAGUGUGCUGGGACACUUGGUUCGGUCUUGCAGCGAGCGUAUAUCUGGGUUGCCCCUUCAGACUGUCCCCAGGUUACAGUCAUCCGGCUUUUGGAGGCACUGCAAUUGCCGCCAUACAGUACGGCAACCUGGCCGCGCAGGCACCAUGGCUCGAUCUUUCCAAGUGCCUCAAGAUUUCCAGAAGCUUCGAAUUGCUAGGAGCGAGAGGGAGGCUUGGAGUGUUCACGCAGAGCAGUGACCGUGACGAAAUGCAGUUUCGAAGAGUCGAAGAAAACUUUGCGAUAAUCGAGACUGAAAGCACAGAAGACACAUCUGCGACAAACUCUCGAUUUCCGAAGGAGCCAUGGCCUCCAGGCUCCACAUUUACGUUAGAAGAUGAUGAAUGCGCAAUUAGAAGCGACAUGAUCCUCAUUUCCGUCUACGAAAACUACUACCGGCUUUUGUUGCGUGUGAAAACCGCUAAUCACUGGCGCGUUAUUGACCCUAGUGAUGCGUUCAACGGUGUCAUCAGAGGUAUGUCUGUUAGCCAAUGCGUACACGAUGGAAAGAACCCCAACACUACCCUUGAUCGGGCGAAAGUUUACAGUUUCGAAGAACUUCUAGGUAGGUGGCCCGACACAGUACAAAGCAUAGCCUGUGAGCCCACAUCUCAUGGGGGUGGGCAGGAGCCCAAGGGAAUGCUUCAUAUCACCCAAAACCUGGACACCCAUUUCAAAAACAAUGUUGCCAUAGCGCUUUCAAUUUGCACUACAGCAGUUAAGAAUUAUCCUUGUUUUUCUUGUCUACCAUGUGCUCUCAAGCAGGCUAGGGAGAUGAAUAGGAUGCCUCUACGUACAGGCGAAGGUGGAAACGAGAUGGACCGGUACAUUAUCAAUCUUGAACCUGUUCUCAGUGGUGAAGGGGAAACCCUCAAGCCGAGAGCUUUACCACCAGCGAAUGCUGGUAGCUGA